UUAACCAUGUCCGACCUCCUCAAAGCGCUCGCCGUCCUUGGUGUCACUGGCGCGGUCAUCAAGACCCUCGUAAACAGGCGCAAUGCCACCCGUGGCUUGCCCUAUCCUCCCGGUCCGCCACCUAAAUUCCUCAUCGGCAACAUGCUCGACAUACCACAGUCACUUCCUUGGCUGACAUACGCUAACUGGGCAAAACAGUAUGGGGACAUCAUGCACGUUACUAUCUUCGGCGCGCAUAUUAUAAUUAUAAACUCGGUCGAAACCGCAACUGAAAUCCUGGAAAAGCGGUCGGGCAACUACUCGUCAAGACCAGACAUUCCUGUCAUGCAUAUGAACGGUUGGAUGAUGAACAUGGGGCUCAAGGGCUACAAUGACGAGUGGAGAGCCGACCGACGCAUCCUUCACCAACAGUUCCGCAACGAAAACGCCCGUGCUAUACAUCCUAUUGAACUGGCAAAGACACAAGAGCUGUUGCUCAAUCUUUUGGAGACGCCAGACGACUUCACAACUCACUUCAAGACCUUCCCGACUUCUAUCAUGAUGUACCUUCUUUACGGGCACCAAAUUUCUGCGCAGGACCCGUUGGUUGAGAUAACAUACGAGGCAUUAGGCAUGUUCUCUGGGUCUGUUGUGCCCGGGACACUCAUUGUCAAUGUCUUCCCCUUCCUUCGCCAUUUCCCAGAGUGGACUCCUGGUUUGGGUGCGUUACAUAAGCUGUGCGCCCGCUCGCGUCUUCUGCUUGGUAAAAUGCAGGACGUCCCUUUCUACUCGGUGAAACAACACAUGUCUAAUGGCGACGCGGUUCCUUCCUGGGUUUCUGAGCUGCUUGAGCGGACCGGCGAGAGUAAGGUUCCCGAAAGCAACAUCAAGGCUCUUGGAGCAAUCACUCUUGCCGCGGCAAUGGAAACGACACUUUCGGCCCUCCGCGCCUUUGUCCAUAUGAUGGUUCUCCACCCCGACAUUCAAGCCAAGGCACAGGCGGAAUUAGACUCUGUCGUCGGUGACCGACGACUUCCCAACUUCGAUGAUCGAGAGUCUUUGCCAUAUAUUGAUGCGGUCUAUCGUGAAGUUCUGCGACUGCAUGGACCCGCGCCGCUAGGUGUUCCACAUUCUUCCUCUGAAGACGACGUGUUCAAUGGCUUCUUCAUUCCCAAGGGCUCCACUAUCAUGUAUAACCAAUGGGCAAUGUGUCGUGACCCUCAAACUUACCCCGAUCCUGAGACAUUCAAGCCGGAGCGGUUUAUUGCCUCAGACGGGUCUCUUAUCCGCGAGAACUUCCCUCCGACAUAUGGCUACGGACGCCGCAUAUGUGCUGGUAAAUCCAUGGCAGAUGCGUCUGUUUGGAUCGCCAUCGCGUCGAUCUUAUCGGUCUACAACAUAGAGAAGGCAAAAGAUAGUGCUGGGAAAGAAAUUCCUGUUCCGGACGAGUACAUUGACGGGCUUGUCACUGCCCCGGUCCCCUUCCAAUGUGCAAUCACCCCACGUUCGAGUGUUCAUCGGAAGCUGAUCACGGAGACGCCACCAUUGAAACUGGAGACAAACCCGAUGUGGUACGACGAGUCGAAGAAUGGCCCCAUCAACCCUCCGGCUGAAGGCGUCACUGCCGCGCCACACCAUUGA